AUGAACUUCUCACACUGGAAACAACUCGGCAGACAGGUCCUAAUCAACAGCAACAUCAACAACUGGCUGGUGUGUCAUCCAGGACCUGGCAGCUUGGUUUUUGGCGGGAAGGUGACAUCAACUGUUCGAUCAUCAAACACAAGACUGGCCCCAGUCACGAGUUGGUCCCAUCAAGGUUUUCACCAGAUCAAAGCAAUAGCUAUGGGCCGCUGCUUUGCAUGACUAAACGCUAUACCAGCACUAACAAUUAUUUUGAUGGUCACACUGAAAACCAUAGGCCUACCCAUGAUCCUCUCGGAGGAAAUAGUCCUAACCAAAAGAAAAAUGUUGCAAAUCCACAUGGUAACAUUUUCAUUCGAGUCGAGUAG